AUGCAUUUCACCCAGAUUUUUCUCACCUCCCUGGCCACUCUUGACGCUGCAUCAGCUGUGACCAUUCGCAACUUCCGCACUGGUACUUGCAAAGGCAAUUACCGAGAAUGCACAAGAAUUCAAACCUACUCCUGCUGUGCUGAGAGAAUCGGUAAUGUCUUCUCUUCCAGUCUCAUCAGCGGCAUGCCUCCUACAGGUAUUGGAGCUAUUUGUGUUGGAAAGCAGGGCAAGAAUUGUGGUGAAGUCAAAAAAGGCGGUUUUGGAUCGCCUCUUUGCCUUGGGAGUGGCAACUCAAAAGGAACAUUUUGGUUUGACUGUGCUCAAACCCAUCAUUGCCAUGCCCGUCGUGGUGCCAGAUCACUCGAUGUCCAGUUGCGGGAUAUAUCUACCCCUGACAAGAUUUCGACCCCCGAUUUUGUUGGAAUCGAUGAUCAUAGGUUUUUCACAAACGAGACUACUCCUGAGGAGAUCGUGCGUGGCUUGCUCGAGUUGGUUGAGACUGAUGUGAGCUAUGAUGACAUUCCGGUCGAGUUUAAGAAAUACGAGGCAGGUAAUCAUGGAGCUGAGAUGGAUGAGUGA